AUGAAUAUAGACGUGCGGGAACAGCCAAAGAAUGGCAACGCUUUCGAUCCAAACAAAUUAAGUGUUCUAGACAACAAGUUAUAUUUCGAAAAUCUUUUCAUCAUUAAAAAUGAGAUAAACGAAAGUGAAAGAUUGUCAAGAGUUGUACGAGAACCUAUUUCAUCUAUCAAAAUUGUGGAUUUACAUGACGGAAAAUUCUACAUUUUCGAAAUCAAUGCACAGAGCUUCCUUAACAUUCAAAAAGGCUGUACCGUCUAUGCUACAAAAUACGACAACGACACAAAUUUUUUGCACUUCCUGGUACACGAAGUACGAUUGAGUGAAACGAUGAGAAUAAAAGCAAGCUUAACUACAAACACAAAUGAACGCAACAUUCCAGAUAGAUACAAGUAUUUUGGUGUUAAAUGUGAAACCGGAUCUUACCAAUCAAGAGAAUUGGGCAUCAAACAAUUUUUUACGAAUAAACUCAAAGAUGGAACACCUAGAUUCCCCUCCAACAUUGGAAAUGCAUUAAAAAUGCAACUGAACAAGUCCGAAAAAUUUUAUAAAAAGAUUGAUGGUGAUGAACAGGAAAAUGCGAUAUGUAGCGCCCUGAAUAAUUAUUUCACUAUAAUCCAAGGAGCACCAGGCACAGGAAAGUCGCAAGUAGCAUGCGAAAUAGCAAAACGCCAUGAGAGCUUUUAUCCUGACUUGAAAGAAUUCAAGAUAUUAAUUGUUUCAACUCAAAAUGUCGCUUGUGACAAUUUAUUAAGCAGAUGUUUAAGAUACUUUGAUGGAAUGUAUGAGAUUAUUGCUUAG